CUGGCAGAGUGUUUUCCAUUUUUCCCUCUUCCUGCUCCAUUUUUGCUCUGGACACUGACAGAACUAGAGCUCGGUGGGUGCAUGGAUGAUGGAGGAAGAGGGAGGAGGGUGACGGGAGGCAUUCCUCUCGACUGGGAGAAGUUAUUCUCGGAACGCGAAGACGAGCCUCCGCCGGAGCUGGUGGUAACCCCCACGCCUGCGAUAAACGGGAGAUUGACGGAGAUGGACGAGGAUCAACGCGGGGGAGACCUCCAGAGCUUGUCCGAUGAGGCGCUCAAGGAUAAGAUUGCGAGGCUUCAUCGAACUAUAUGUAGCAGUACCUUGAGAAAUCUACCCGACGGUGGCGAGAAGCUUAAACUGUUUCACCAACGACAUCUGGAUGAAGUGGAACGGAGGAAGCGUGAGCGUCUGAAUGAGCACAUUGAUGAAUGGGAAGGGGCAAGGCAUGACCACAACUAUGCAGGUGUAGCUCAUGGCUUUAAACAAUCAGCUCCAUCAUCUUCUGCACCACCUUCUCAAUCUCCAUUUGCUUCUCAUUUUGUGAACAGAAUUGAAACAGGAAGCCAGAACGCCUUUGAAAAUGAAUUAUAUACUAUGAAUCCUUGUGCGAAUAGAGGGACAUGCAAGGAGAAGAGGGCAAGGAGAAGACAAGAUAGAGGAUUUUCUUCUCGAAACACACCUAGUCCGCAGCUAUCAAAUGCUAGAUUAAAAAGAAGUAUUUCUGCUGCUACAUCGCAUUCGGAAAAAGACUUUUAUGGCGGUGUUUCAAAGAAGAAUAAUUCUUCAAAUAUCUAUUGUUCAGAUGGCCCAAGGUGUAAAAAUGGGGAGACUGUUGUUCUUCUAGACGAGGAGGAACACGAGGUCAAACAGAUGGACCUAUUAGACUUUGUGGAUGAAGGCACAAAAGAUAUGAAGCUAUAUUAUCCUUCUCGAGAUGAUCCAGAUCCAAUUGAGCUUUGCUACUCCGACAUGAAUUGCCUUGCUCCUGAAGAAUAUUUGUCGUCAACUAUAAUGAACUUUUAUAUCCGAUAUCUGCAGCUGACCAAGUCUAUGUCAAAUAUUGGAGGAUGCAACUAUCAUUUCUUCAAUACAUAUUUUUACAGCAAACUUAAAGAGGCUAUACUGAACAAGAAUGACAGGGAAUCAUCCUUUGAAAAGUUAAGAAGAUGGUGGAAGGGAAUAAAUCUAUUUGAGAAAGCAUACAUAUUUUUACCAAUUCAUGAAAGCCUACACUGGAGUUUGGUGAUUAUCUGCAUACCAGAUAAGGAGGAUGAAUCGGGACCUAUUGUACUUCAUUUAGAUUCACUAAUGUUGCACAGUAGCAAGCCAAUCCUAAAGAACACCAAAAGAUUUUUGGUAGAAGAAUGGAAAUUCUCAAAAUCUGAACUACAUUUACAAAUUCCAGAUAACAUAUGGGAUGAACUCCCUGAUAUAAUAGAGGAAAAAGAAAUUGAGGUUCCUCAGCAAAAGAAUGAUUAUGACUGUGGCCCUUUCGUACUUUUCUUUAUUGAACGCUUCAUUGAUGAAGUUCCUGGAAGACUGAAAAGGAAGGAUCUAGGAAUGUUUGGAAAGAAGUGGUUUAAGCCUCAAGAAGCUUCUAACUUGAGGCAAAGACUCAAAAGCAUACUCGCAGAGGAAUUCAAAAAAGCUGCCAAGGAAUUGAGGACUUGAAAUUGCUAGUGAUCAUCUAACAUCUCAUGGAUCGUAAGCAUUUCCCAUCUGCUAACAGGUUUUAACACCGAUAGAUGACUGGUAGCUAAUCAAAAUGUUGUUCAUCGCCACGGAUGGCCAUACAUUAAUGCCAGGGAUCCCAUGAAAAUUGGAGAUAGCUUCUGAUAGGAUGGAUGGUUUUUUAGACCAAAAGCUGCACAGAACUGGUCUGUCUGCCCUGGCUCUCAAAUUCCCAAGAUGUGCAUUUGGGUGUUUCUAAAGGUACCAAAUUCAGCUUGAGUCGCACUAAGGAACUGCUUAGUUGGACUUCAUUUCAAUGCUGUUUAGUUCAAUUAAAUACUGCUUAGCUCAAAGUUACACUACAAUUAGGCUCCGUUUGGUACACAUAAUUCAAACUCUAGAAUUAGAAUUGAGGAUAACAAUUCCAAAUAUGCUGUUUGGUAACAAAAAAUGUGGAUUUGG